UUAUACAGCAUCUUCAGUGCUUCCUUCAGAGGGAGGCAGAGACACUUUGAAAGAUUGGGUAUAAGGACAUCUACUGAGUGUCUUUUUACAUACACACCAGUAUAAGUGGGGGGGGAAAGGGAACAGGAGUGUAACUAUAGUUCAGUUGGACUUGUGUCUAAGAGAAAUCAGAUGCAAUGGAUUGGCCCCUUCACAGAACAGCUGCUGUUAUGUUCUUAUUCAUGGUAUUCCUGGACAUCAGCACUGGGUUUCAUGUACAGGUGAAAGAAUUAAAUGAAAAUGGUGUGCAAAGAUGGAAGACCUUCAGAAGACAAAAACGUGAAUGGAUCAAAUUUGCUGCAGCUUGUAGAGAAGGAGAAGAUAAUUCAAAAAGGAAUCCAAUUGCCAAGAUUCGUUCAGAUUGUGAAGAGAAUAAUCCAAUUAUAUACAGCAUCAGUGGAGAUGGAGUUCGAGAAACCUUCAUUAUUAAUCCAAGAACUGGAGAAAUUAAUAUAACGAGAAUAGUUGAUCGGGAGGUGACUCCAGUAUUUAUUAUUCGCUGUUUCGCUAAACAUGCGUUGACAGGCAUAGAUUUAGAACCGCCUCUUGAACUUCGAGUCAGAGUUCUGGAUAUAAAUGACAAUAUUCCAAUUUUUACACAAAGUGUAUUUACAGGAUCUAUUGAAGAAUGCACUAUGGACAACACUCUGGUGCUGAAAAUAACUGCAACAGAUGCAGAUGAACCAAAUAACUUGAAUUCAAAAAUUGCCUACAAGUUAGAAAGUUUGGAUUCUCCCAUGUCAAUGUUUAUUCUGAACAAAUAUACUGGAGAAAUUCACCUAGCAAACAUGCUUGAUCGAGAGCAACAGUCAAGUUACAGCCUUGUUGUGAGAGCCUCUGACCGGGAUGGAGCUGCAGAUGGAAUUUCAUCCAUUGCUAAUUGUGUUGUGAAAGUUAUUGAUGUAAACGACAAUUUCCCAACUUUUGCACAAAGCUCAUAUUCAGCAAGCAUUUCAGAAAAUUCACUUAGUUCAGAACUGUUACGGAUACAAGCUAUAGAUGCUGAUGAAGAAUUUUCAAACAAUUGGUUGGCGGACUUUUACUUUUUAUCUGGCAAUGAAGACAACUCCUUUGAAAUAGUUACAGAUCCAGCAACAAAUCAGGGAAUUCUGAGAGUUAUUAAGGAACUGAAUUAUGAACACUUGUCAACUCGCCCACUGAGCAUUGCUGUUAGAAACGUAAAUGCAUUCCACAGUUCUGUAGCUGCUUCUUACCAACAAACUGGAAUUCCCUGUGUUAUCGAGGUGCAAAAUGUGAUUGAGGGACCAAGAUUUUAUCCAUCAGCAAUGACCUGUCCUGUAUCAGGAAGCAUGUCAGCUAAUCAGGUUUUGGGAAUAUAUUCAGCCACAGAUGAGGACACUGGACAAAUUGCCACAAAUGUCAGGUAUACCAUGGCAUAUGAUCCAGCAACUGUAUGUCAGAUCGACUCAUACAGUGGUAAAAUCACUGUGAGGAAAGCAAUUAAUCAGCAGUCAACUUUUUUUACCAAGGGGGAAUACAGAGCAGAAGUUCUGGCUAUUACUACAGGUUCUCCUGUAAGAACUGCCACUGGUACCAUUGUGCUUAGAGUUCAAGAUUUCAGUAGUGACUGUCCAACUCUUAAUACUGAAGUGAGGGAUAUGUGUAUGGACACACCAUCAAUCAUUAUCACAGCACAAGAGCAAGAUGGUUCCCCAUAUACCUUUAGCAUAGAUGGUCAGCCUCACACAGUAUGGAGUAUCAGAUCCAUAAAUGAUUGUUCUGCACAGCUGGUGGCUCAGAAUAUAGAAUAUGCUGUUUAUAAAAUCCCUGUCUAUGUGACAGAUAGGAGAGGUAGAAGAUGUGUACAACCACAUCUAAUACCCGUCAGAGCCUGUCGCUGUGAUAGCAGCAGAAGAUGUACAGAGAGUGCUACCAGAGUAAUUAUUAUUAAAGGCAGUGGAACUGGCACUGGCGGCGGCAGUGGUGGCAGCGGCGGCACUGGUGGCGGCGGCGGCGGCGGCGGCGGCGGCACUGGUGACGGCGACGGCGGCGGCAGCAUUGGCAGCGGCGGCGACGACACCAGUACCACCAGUGAUGGCAUGAUGACAACCGAUUGGUAUGAUGUUAGUGUGAGCAUUACUGAUGAAGAUACCUCUAUCGGCGGUUUUGGUGGCUUUCAACCUGGAGCAAGACUAGGUGGACCUACUACACUUAGUGCUGCUGCUGUUGGCCUGAUGUUUCUUGGUGGCUUAAUACUUGUAUUGAUUCCAAUUUUGAUGUCAAUGUGUGAUUGCUGUGGUUGUGGACCAGGACCUACAAGUGGAGCUGGGAUUGGAUUUGAGCCCGUACCUGAAUACACAGAAGGGGCAAUUCAUUCAUGGGGAAUAGAAGGAGCACAGCCAGAAGACAGGGAUGUUUCAAAUAUUCUCCUACCAGCAAGUACUGCCCCUCCAGGUGACUUUGCUGACCCUUCUGAUAUUUAUACAAAUGCAUACGGAGGAGGAGUAACAGCAGGUUCAGGGUUUGAAGAAACUACAGGGCUUGGAACUGGCCAUCUAACUACAGAUUAUGGAACAGCUAAAGGAUAUGCAACAGCUGGUGCAAUUUCUGGAACAAUGGAAAGAAAAGGGGGCUUUGGAGGGACAGUAAAAGAGUACAGAGAAGGAGGAAUGAAUAUGACUUUCUUAGAAAAUUACUUCUCUGAGAAAGCAUUUGCCUAUGCAGAUGAAGAUGAAGGUCGACCAGCAAAUGAUUGUCUCCUAAUAUAUGAUCAUGAAGGAAUAGGAAGUCCUGUUGGUUCCAUUGGCUGUUGCAGUUUUAUUGGUGAAGAUAUGGAUGACACCUAUUUGGAUAGGUUAGGACCAAAAUUUAAGACUCUGGCAGAAAUCUGUUUGGGCAGAGAAAUAGAGCCUAUUCCGGUUCUUAAUGCUACCUUUCCAAGUCCUGAAGGUGAUCUAAAUCUGCCACCACCUGGAACCACUAUCAUUGUUAAUGGAUCUGUACCAAUGCCUCCCACAGCUGGCAGUACAACAGUUGUUACUGAAAAUACCUACACAUCUGCAUCUGCUAUGCAGCCUGCAAGACCUAUACCUGAUCCUUUGCUCCAUGGUAAUGUAAGAGUGACUGAGACUUAUACAUCUGGCCCACCUACAUAUAGUGUUGAUCCUCUUCUUACACCAAAUGUUGUGGUAACAGAAAGGGUGGUUGGUCCUGCCUCAGAUUUGCGUGGCAUACUAGAUAUCCCCAAUAUAACAGAUGGGUCAAAUGUUGUUGUUACAGAAAGAGUAAUCACACCCAAUUCCAGGGUUCCCGCUUCUUUGAGUAUCCCUGAUCUGGUAGAUGGAUCAAAUGUAGUGGUGACAGAAAGGGUAAUUAGACCAGCUUCAGGUGUACAAAGCAGUUUAAGUAUUCCCUCCGAGUUAUCAAAUGCCCAUAAUGUAGUUGUUACAGAGAGAGUAGUUUCCGGUCCUGGCAUGACCAGCAUGGGUGGCGUGAGUGGUAUUAGUCAAAUGUUGGGCUCCGACGCCCAUUUUACUCAGACCCUUGGAUCAGCUUCCCCUGGAACAGCUCGAAGAAGGGUGGCAAACUACAGAACAGUACAGUAUUCUAAUCAAUAAGACUUCUAUUAGUAUUUUCAUUUUCCUGCAGAUAUCAUUGAUUUGCAUUCAAGUUUUUAAAUUCUCACCAACAAAGUAUAUUUUUCAUUAUUUAUAACUAGCAUAUAGUACUAAAAUGUAUGUGAUUCUUGUCUAAGUAACGAUCUCAUAAGGUUGCCCAGUUUCUAAGUGAAACAGAAAUACUGGGCAUGUCUACACAAGAUGCUGAUUGCGCAGUAACUGAAAAAUACUGUGUAGUAGUGUGUCAGAGCACGGACAGUGCUAUAACACUAGACUGCUGCACAGUAGUGUCACCUAGAAGACAUUCACUGGUGCUACUGCAGAGUAACUUCAGUCACUGCGCAUUUAUUUAGUACUUGCUAAUACAAGCACUAAAUAAAUGAGCAGUAAUGUCUGUGUAGUAGUGUCUUUUGUAGAUGCGCUCACUGUCAGUGGGGAAAGUUCAGGUAAAGCCCCUUUAAAUAUGUCCUCUUAUUACCAUAAAUGUAAUCCUAAAACCAUUUAAAUCGGUACAGACUAGGCCUCCUUCUCCAUAAUGUGGUCUUUCACAUAUUUUCAAUGCUGAGAGACAGUGAGAGCAUUUUUCAUUCAAAAUAUCCCUUCUUGCCUCCCCUGGGAUUAGUCAACUUGCUUUUUUGUUUGCCUGCUUUAUGUGGUUGGCAAAAUGAACGGGCAAAAAACCCCUAGGUCAGGUACAGAUAUUACACUUUUACUGGUAUAAGUGAUCAGAAAUCAAUCUAUCCCCACAACAGAACAGAAGCUGAGCACUCACAGGCUGGUUUAAAAAUGGCAGCACCCAGCCCUACCAAAGGGCAAAUAAAUGUAUGUUCUGUUUGCUAUCAAUCUAAACUGCACUGCUUCCAGAAAACCGUGCAGUUUAGAUCAAUUCCACCUUGGGCUUUUUGAAUGUCUGUACCUAGCCCUAGAUUUUUGUGAAAGUAUUUAGGAACAGUUUUGAAUAGCUAGUGAACUGUCUGUUUCAUUCAGUUCCUGAGGAAUAUACAUACUAAUAUAACAUAUAUGUGAAGUCAAUCCAAAGCAAUAAUUUCAGAUUCCAUGUGCCUUUCAAGUAGUAGCUCAGCUAAAGUAAAACGUGAUGAAAUUUGGCCAGGGAGAAGGAGCUCUGUAUCAAUGAAAAUGGUUCACUGUGGGCAUGUCUACAUGUUCAUUAAUGUGCAGUGGUUACUGCACAUUUAGUUUAGUCCUUGUAUAACCAAAUUCUAAAUAAAUGUACAGUAAUCAGAGUUACCGCACAGUAGCACUGGCAAAUACCUUUUUAGUGACACUACUGCACAGUAGCCUGAUAAUGCUGCACAGUAGCAUAUUAGCACUGUCCGUGCUGUGACGCAGUAUUGUACAGUGUCAUAAAGCUACUGCACAGUUAGCAUCUCAUGUAGACGCACCCACUAUGAGUACAAUACUGCCAUACAUGAAUUUAAUAUGGUACAAAUACUAAGAUCUUGUAUCACUGUGAUCUGUCAUGCAUAUAGCAGAUCUACAUUUUCAUUGGAAUUAAUGGCCCUUGAUUGUUAAAAAAAACAAACGUGGCAAUAGUGCAAUGAUGUUUCAGGAAAUGGACACCACUAUAAUUGGUAUUUGUCAACACAAUAUUUAAAUCAGCACUUUCAAGAGCAUCCCAUUUACAUUGCAUGUUAUAUUACAUAAGUUUUACAAAAAUUAAUCAUUUCUUACAACUAACGCAAUACAAACGUAUAAAGCACAAUAAAUAUUUGUUACAUGCAUAUUAAGUUCUCAGUAAAUGUCCAGGCUUCUUCAAAAUUUCUAGUAACCUUACUGUCAUGGUGAAGGGUUUGAGUGGAAAUCCAUUGUAACUGACCCAUGUGAAUUACUGAGAGUAUGACACUAUUAGACAUCUCUGUUUCUUCAUUAAACAUACAACAGCAUGUAGCUGAACUGCAGGCUGCAGUAACUCAGAUUAUUAGAUUGUUUUUGUUUUGGUUUAGUUUGGUUUGUUUUGCAAUAUUUACUGACCAUCAAGUUGUCUCUGUUUGGUAUAUUAUAGUGUUAUAUUAUGCCUUACUCAUUUUUUGUACUAACAGAGCAAAAAGAAGUAAUAAUGUUUUAGCUUUACGUUCUGGUGAUGCAGUUGCAGAUGAAUCAAAGUGCUGUAAUGUUGAUUCUGGAAGUCAUUAAUGAGGAGGAAAAUAAUUGUUAGCACACAGUACAGAGAAUAGGUAUUUCAUAUCUCAGUGUAUUUUAUUUUAUAUUGUAAUUUGAAAUCAUUUUGAAUAUAUUAAAUGAAAAAAUGACAUGGAAGGCUUUAUGGAUUGUAAAGUAUGAAUUAAAUCUGGCAUAUAGUUCUUAUUUUUUUCCAAGGACUGCAUCUCUACCAAAAUAUCUAUUUGUUUUACAAGAAACAAAAAACAAUGAAAAUUUGCCUCAAAUUUCAGACUGCAUAAAAAAAGCAGGAGCACUUACAUGCAUUGAUUAUUGUUUCCGUGGAGAACCUAUGAAUUGCAUGUAAUCAUCACGUGAAGCUAAAUGAACAAAAUACAGAAAUCCAAUAGGUAUUUUCUUUUAAUUUUGUACAAUAUGUAUAGUAGCUAUAGUGUACACAGCAAUAUUGACUGUAAAUAUAAUAGAGUUAUUCACAGGGAUUUUUUUUUGGUCACUAGUUUAAAAAUCUACUCUUUUCCCUCUUGCUGUGUCUCUUCAGCAUGGUUUAAUAGAUUUGUAUUUUUCCCACAUGAUUAAAAAGAGAGAAGGGAGGCUAGUCACAUAUCCAGAUUCAUUUUUCUCAUUAGAUCAGAAUAAAACAUUUCUCAAUCCAAUGUCAUAUACAGACAUUUUAUUAUAUGCUUAAAAACAACAUGAAGAGCCUUCUGUAUUAUUUAUAACCACAGACACCAGUGAACUCCAAAGUUAUAACCAACUCAAGGUUGCCUCACAUGUUACUUCAUACAGUCUCAGACGUCUUAAAAAGAUAGCUUUCAUGCUACAAAUAAGGACAUGUAGAAGAUGCAUAGUAAUUUAUUACUCAAUUCUGCUACCAUUAUUCAGGUUGGGUAGCACUUAGGUUUUAUAGACUUCAAUAGAAGCAGUAUUAUCAGUUUGUUUGCUUCAGUAUGCGUAUGGAUUGUGGGACUGUUCUUUUAAGAAUAAAAAUAGGGGCUGAUGCACAGAUUUUUUUUACUGGGAAUUGCAAGCUAAAAUUCAGUGUAAAAUUUUAAAAUUCCUUUUUAUAUAUUUCAUUAACCACAAGAACUUUAUUUUAUAUAUAGAUAUAUGUUAUGUUAUUAUAUAAUAUAUAUUGUAUAUUAUAUAAUAACAUAACGUAACAUCUAUCUAUCUAUCUACCUAUCUAUCUUUCUAUCUAUCUAUCUAUCAUGGCUCUCUAUGCCUUUAAAAGCUUAUGUAAUUUAUCCAAUCACCUUUACAAGACGACUUGAAAGUAAAAAAGGACUUUUUUGGAAAAUAUCCAUGCUGUAAUUUUUAAAAUCAAAAUGAUAUUUCCCAUGAUAGUCUUUGCUAUUAGAAUUAGAUUUCAGAAGUGUCUAUUGUGUUCUUUCUUUACACUCUUGAUUAGGAACAUUAUGUGAUGUAUCAGGAUUUGAACUAGCUAUAGUCUCUUGCAUAUCUAAGAAUAAAAAUAGUAAAAAGUCAAUAUAGAAAAAAUAUUCUUAAAAAAUCUAGAGCUUUGAUUGUAGUAGUUCUCUUCAUUAGUACUAACUUUUGCAACUCUUUCUAGAUAUUGGUAGUUUGCUGCUUAGUGCAAUGUAUGAGAUGUUUUAAUGAUGUUUUGUAAUCUUAAUUUUUUGUUCAUCAAAGAGGAAUAACAUUUUAUCUUUCAAACUGCACUCCCAAAGCAUUUCUGAAUACUAAUUUCUACUGCUGUGUAAUUUUCCGGUUGGCUUUUUCCAGUUGUUUUACUGGUAAGAGAUGGAAGUUAUUACAUUACAACAAGUUGUGAAACUAAUUUUUAUUUGAAGAUGUAAUGAAUUAUUUGGUUUAUUAAAAAUUCUGCAUUCACCCUUUUCUACUUUUAUCAUGGCUGAAAAGUGGCAUACAGCUUAAUCCUCAUUAAGAGAUAUAUAGUUGAAUUUUGCUUUCCUUCAGCUAUUAUUUAGAAGUCUGGUUUCUUCCUUCAUUGUUUAAAAACAUUGUUUAAUUGCUCAAUGUAAGAGUUCUUCAAGAAGGGUCAAAACUGAUUGAAUGUACAUAUUGAUCUUGCUACAAGACCCUCAUAAAGAGAACUCCUGCUGAUGUGUGGUGGGCUUAAAGCAUCAGAUGCACUGAUUUUAUAUUUGAGCCUGAUCCUACAGUCUUGUACAGCAUAAGCUAGAGUCUCGGUUGGUAUAAAUAGGGUAGCUUUAUCAAACUAAAUGCAGCUACCUCAGUCUACAUCAGUUGAGGAUUUGGCUUGAUUACAAGCACAAGCACUACAAGCACUGUCUAAUUUGGAACCAUAGGAAUUAACUCUUUGGCUCAAUCCUGCUUCUGUUGAAAGAAGUAAAACUUUCACUACUAAAAGCAGUAUGUGUUUUCCUGGUGUAUCUUGUCAUUCUUUCGUUUCAUACUGUCUAUGACAUUCCCCUGCACAAACGCCACUUAUGAAAAAGAGAAUAAAGGCGAAAAUAUACUUAGUGAUCAUACACCUAUGUAAAUGUUUAUAAUUGUGAUGCAUUAUCUUGUUACCAUUGUUAUGUAAUAUGUCAUCAGAAGUUUUCUUUGAAUAAUAACUUGUAAUUCAAGCUGCAGUUAAUGUUUACCACAAAAAAAAAAAAGCAGCUAGAAAAAUACUCAAAAGCUGUUUAACUUGCAUUUGCAUAUAGCCUUAUUUGGGAUAUUAAUUAUUCUUUAGCAGAUUUACUUGCAAGUAAAUUGAUUUAGCUGCUUUUAUUAAGUCUACUGUUUGGCUAUUUUUGUACUUUCUCAAAAGUCCUAAUAAAGUGCUAUUAGAUGAUAA